GGCGAAGUGCGGAUGUGUUUUUGCCUGUUACGCGCAAGCGCAGGAAGGGCGCCAGUGGCAGUGUGAGCGCGUGCGCCGGGAUUUUCUCAGGGCUUUGGUUCGUCUGUAAAACUGGACUGGGGAAAGCGAGAGUGCAAGCAGCAGUCUGCACCGGUCUGUGGAAGUGAAGCUUGCAAGAACCACUCCUGCCUCUCGUUAUAAUGGGUAUCCGCCCUGGGGUUACGUACACCCUCGGUAUCCUGUGUAUUAUCUUGUUGAUAGUGAGCAUUGCACUCCUUGUCUCUCAAGUCUUCCUGAAAACCGUCGAGAAUUACGUUAAAAGGGAGGUACAACUAAAGAAUGGAUCAGCUGCCUUUGAGACUUGGGAGAAUCCUCCUCCACCAAUUUACAUGCAGUUUUACUUCUUCAAUGUCACAAACCCUAAGGAGGUGCUUCAAGGGAAGAAGCCUUUUCUUGAAGAGAGAGGUCCUUACACUUACAGGGAGUACAAACCUAAAGAAAAUGUGACGUUCACGGAUGAUGGGAGGUUUGUGUCUGCUGUAACCCCAAAGACUUAUGUGUUUGUUCCUGAGUUAUCAGUAGGAAAUCCUGAAGUUGACUUGAUUCGGACUGUGAAUAUUCCAGUUGUGACUAUCAUCAAUAUGGCCAAAUAUUCCAGUUUCCGAACUUUACUAACAGAGGCUCUGCUCACGUUUGAAUCAGAGGGUCUUUUUACAACGCGAACAGUACAUGAGUUACUUUGGGGCUACAUAGAUCCAGUACUUGCAGCUAUUCAUCUCAUCUUAAGUGAUGUUGAUGAAUACUUUGGACUCUACAAUAAGAUGAAUGGAACAGACGAUGGUGAUUAUCUUUUUCUCACAGGAAAAAUGAACUAUAAAAAUUUUACUCGAAUCGUAAAAUGGAGGGGUAACCAGUCAUUGGAUUGGUGGACAACAGACACGUGUAAUAUGAUCAAUGGUACUGAUGGUACUUCCUUCCACCCAUUAAUAACCAAAAAUGAAACACUUCAUUUCUUUUCUUCAGAUCUUUGUCGAUCUCUCUAUGGUACCUUUGAGCAGGAGCUUAGUGUUAAAGGGAUACCAGUCUUUCGGUUUGUGCUCCCAAAUGAAGUUUUUGCCAAUACUUCGGAGAACCCUGCAAAUUCUGGAUUCUGUGUUCCAGCUGACAACUGCCUCGGAACCGGUGUACUGAAUGUGAGUGUAUGCAGGCAAGGUGCUCCAAUUAUUCUUUCUUCUCCACACUUUUACCAGGCAGAUCAAAAAUAUAUUGAUGAUAUUGAAGGAAUGCAUCCAAGUAAAACUAACCAUGAAACUUAUCUGGACAUAAAUCCUCUCACAGGACUCCUCAUAAGGGCAGCAAAACGAGUUCAGGUCAAUGUGUACAUUGAACAAGUAACAGGAUUUCAUCAGACUGAGAAUGUUCAAUCACUGGUCUUUCCUGUGAUGUACCUGAAUGAGAGUGUUUUGAUUGAUGACUCCUCAGCUUCCAAGGUGCACUCCAUGCUCCUACUGACAGAAGUGAUAACUGCGAUCCCAUUUAUGAUGAUGAGUCUGGGUCUGCUGUUUGGAUUGAUCUUCAUCAUACUUGCAUGCACUAAUCGUAAUGAGGAUAAGGAGGGAUCAGAAGCAGAAAGAGCACCUCUGUUGAAAUCAUCAUGAAUAUCCAUGCCAACACUUUCAGCUGUGAUCAAAAACAGCAAAGCAACUGAUACAUGUUUGUGUUUCUUCUUGCAUCUUCUAGAGUUGCACAGGUUUUUAUGACUGACUUAGCACAAUCUGGUCCUUGAAAUUUGAUGUAACCAAUGUUAAUUAUUCAUGGUUUAAACUUGCAAAAUUGUGGGUGGAGGAUAUGUUAUGCUACUUCUAGUUACCGAAUUGAGUUUUAAAACUUCAAUAAUGUGGUCAUAAUGGUUUUAAGGGAGAUGAGGCAACCCAGUUUUGCAACAUUGACUACCAAGCCCAAAUUGACUACCAGCCUUUUGUAACUAAACCUUGUAACCUUCAUCACUUGUAGUAUCAACAUUGUGCAUGGAGGUAACUAACUUGCAUUCUGUAUAUAUUAGUGUGUGUAAUUUAGCAGUUUUUCCUCCAUUGUUGAUAAUUGGCCCUGGUCUUGGGUGAUUUUUUUAAUUCCAAGAGAGCUAGUUUGUGGGUGAGCUGUCAUUUUCUUUUUCUACCCACCACCUCUUGCCCUGCCCCCUUACAUCACCAUACUCGCACUUUAUUUAUUCUGCACUUGCACACAGGCAUUUUUAAGGGGGAAACGUGAUAUUAAAUGGUAAUUAAAUGGUUGCAGUUAAAAUGGCAUCACAAUUCUAGUUUGUGUGGAUGCAAAUCCAAAAAUUACCUUAGUGCUUUCAUAAGCAAAGUGGUUUAAUGUGGUUUUUAAAAAUCCCCUUCUAAUCAAUUCUGCUUAGAUCCCAGUGGAUGUUGAUGUAUACUUGGUUCCUUUAAAUGUAUUCCAGCCUCCUUGUGUUGCCAAAUCAUUUGAGACCUUUUAAACUUAAUGGAAUGGGUAAUAAGAAGGUUGCCUUUACUAUGUAGCCAUCCGUUUAAUGACUGGUGUUCUUGAACCCAGAGAUGGGACUGUAGAUUAGUUUGAAAUUUGCUUAAGGUAAGGCAGAAAAUGUUAUUGAAUGAUGUACUGGAAAUUUAUGUACAAACAAAAGAAUGUAGAGGUUCAAGGUUGCCUAUUUAAUCCUCAGUUUAUUAACCUUAAGCAAUCAACUGAUGGUCUAUUAAUGUAAUUUAUAAUCUAGUUAGUGCCCUUUCCUAAUUUUGUGAUCUUGAAUGGUUGUUAGAAUCUAUUCACUCAUUUGUGUCCAGCUUAAUGGUAAAGAUAUGGAACUAAGCAGCACCAAAAUUAGAAUAAUUUCCAAGAAAGCAGUCUCAAGUGUCAUUGAUUUGAGCCUUUGCUUCCUUCCACCUCUAUGCUAUGCAUUUGUACUCAUUACCAAAUAAUGGACUCCUGUAAAGUUUUUUUUUAAUAAGGGGAAAAAAAAUGUUUUUUAAAUAAACACAACACUCAUUCCUUGUCAUACAUUUUGGCAUUUUAUGUAACUGCUGAUCCAUGUUUGGCACCACAAUGUACAUGUUGUUCAGUGUUACUCACAAAAUAGUAAUAAAUCUGCUGUUCAA